GGAAACAAAGCAUUGUCAUAGCAACCACUACUGGUGUUUCCUAGAUAAGGCGUGCGGGAACACUCAGUGCCAGCAGAGGAGAAAGUUUCUACUCCAGUGAAUGCUGACUCCCUAUCGCACCUCACCCAGCUCCACUGGUAGCUUCUAAAGCCACCCUUCCACCCGCAGUGAUGUCAACAGAAUAUGUGCAGACAUUAUGCGAGAUCUCCGAAGACAGAACGGAGGGGCAAGACAGUCGCUGCAGCCACUUAAGCCAGCCUUAUGCAGAUGAUCUUUCAGAACAGUUAUUGAAAAGCUGUGAACUCAAAAAGAUACCAAGAAAGGGUACAGUUUUUCAAGUCUCUCAGAAAAGUGACCUGGAGCAAAAAAAACCAAAAAGAAAAGACACACCAGCAAUCCAUACUCCACCACCCAUACCAGGCAUCCUUUCGGAUCACUUAAUUAGAAGGUGUGACAUCUCUGAGAAACUACCCCAAAGUCACCACAACCCAGCCUUUCAAAAAUUAGAUCAAGAACAGAAGAAACCCAGAAGAAAAAAUACACCCGCAAUAAAUACACCACCUCGACUUGCCGGUGUCAGACUACUUAAAGAUGGUGAUCAGGCAGUGAUUGUUGAAGAUGAAGAAAAGAAUGCAGAAACUUCACCUUUUUAGUUUCAUGCCAUACUGCCAAUCGUUUUUGUAAAUAAUUCUGUGUAAUUAAAGAUUAGCGUUUAAGACAGAAAUAAAAGCAGAAACAGGGAGAGUUACCAGAUUGCCUCCUUCCCUCUCUUUACCAGAAGUUGGAAAGAGGCCCAAGAGUUAGCAUUAUUUUUUAAUCAUUUUCUUUUAAAUGAAAGCAAUGGCCCAAACUGUCUACAUACUUACCUGGAUUGCUGUCGAGGCAUUUUUAGUGUACCUUCAAUAGGUUGGAUCCUGCAAAUCUAUUCUGCUGGUGGAAGUGCUUUCUUUUGACACAAGGUCCCAAAGCAAUGUUGGAAGAAACUACCUCUGCUAGUGGAAUCUACCUGGUGUUUAACAUGGUUGAUGGUGGCUGAAACUAAUGAGAGGAAACUUCUUGUGGAAUGAGUGAUAUUCUUGUUUCAAACAGUCCCACUGACCACUAUCACAGCGGCUCAUGAAUAUUAGCAGUCUAUAAUCCAGUCUCUCCGUCAGAUUUUGAUUUUGUUUUUGUUUUAAAUGAAGCACAGUUUUUGCCACCUGUUAAGAAUGAUUAUGAGGUAAGGUAAAGUGACCUUGUUAGUUCUAAAAGUUCCCAAACUUUUUUGGGCUGCCCCCCUUAAUUCCCUAAACUCAUCCCCAGUGCCCCCUACCCUAAAACAUUUUUCAAAAUAGAGGUUUGCCUGACACACUAAGAAGAAUAAUAACAAUCAAAAACAGUAACAGUAGCACUUGUAUUAAAAUUCCAAUUUAUAAAAUUAGUUUAAUUUAUUCAACAAAAUUGAUGAACUUGACCCAGUGAUGCCAGCUUUUCAAAGUCAGGGGGAAAAAAUUCUGAUGGUUUCUGCCAGAUUUGCCAGCACAGUUCCAUAGCUUGAUCUAUUGUAAAUAAAAUUUGAAAUAAAUGAACAACACAAUUGAGGGCCCCAACCCCUCUGCCUCUUGAUGGCCCCUAGGUAAUCCCGCCCCCCCCCCCCCGGGUCAGGGCCAGUACCACCCACUUUGGAAACCAUUGUUCUAUACCAUGCCUGCCAAUUAAUAUUCCUCUGUGAACCUUCUAUUGAUUCUCUUCUGCCUGUCAAAGUGGAAUUUAUUCAUUAAAGAUUCCUCCAUGGUGUCUAAAUAACUGAUCUCCUACAAAACAAACUUUGGAUGACAUAGGAUUCAAUAGUAGUUAGGCUAUGACUUGGUAGGGUUGAUUAUUAGUUAUUGGAUCUGACCUGAAUGCUGGCCAAAUAUCAGAACACACACACACACACACACACAAAUAGAGAAUGGCUUCAUUCAUAGCCUAGUAUGUUCGUGGCUACCAUAAACCCAGUUUAUUCAGACCCUACUCCUACCUAGCUUUCCAUUAUCACCUUGCUCCACAGUUUCCCCAAGUUUCUGCCAGCAGCAUGCAGCCCUUUCCAUCAUCAAGUUGUGCAGCAAAAUUUAUCCCAUUGAAAUUUUGCUUUACUGUUAGACAUGGUGUUUUUAUGAAUAUUCCAUUGCUGCCAUCUCAUCCCCGUGUAUGUCUUAAAGGGGGGUUAUUUCAGUCAACAGCUAGAGUUUUGCCUAUUGCCUGUAUGAUAUGCAUUUUUGUUUUUGCGAAUUACUUCUAGAAUAUUCUUGUAUUGAAUGAUGAUCACAGGGUCCAAAAACACAUAAAAGCACGAUUCAGGUUCAGCUAUCACUUUCAAAUAUCACCUACCAAUCUGAAAUACAUUGGGAUCAAAUAUUAUGUUUUCUCCUGACGUUUUGCCUGCGUCUGUGGCUGGCAUCUUCAGAGGAUCCUGAAUGCAGAUGCAGGCGAAAUGUCAGGAGAAAAUGCUACUAGAACACGGCCAUACAGCCUGGAAACCACACAACACCCCAGUGAUUCCAGCCGUGAAAGCCUUCGACAAUAUCAUGUUUUCUGUCACUUAAAUUGAGGGGUUGAAACUUAUCUCAUUAGAGAAGACAGCCCUAUUGACUAUUUGAAACGAGGUUAACACUAUUUCAACACUAAUGUUAUAACAAAGUGAAUCAAAUCCAUAGUUGUUACUCCAAGUAUUUCAUUUAUAAUCUAGCAUGUGUUCAUUAUCUUCAUUUGUGCAAGCAAUUUGGUUGUAUUUUCUUUAUUAUCAGAUGUGGAUUUAAUGUGGCACGCAGAAUUAGAAUUUGAUGAGUAUAAUCCAUCUUGGAAACUCUUAAAUUACAAACUGUAGUGCCAUCUGUAAAGAACUUGUCUAGAAGCAAAGAAUCUGUAGAUGCCAGCCACAGAUGCAGGCGAACGGUCAAGAGAAAAUGCUACUACAAUAUGGCCAUACAUGCCCAUCUAGCACAACAUCCUGUUUCUAACCAUGCUAGAUAUCAUUCCAUAUACUGCAUAUUAUCUUGGCUGUAUCAAUCCUGUUCUCCGAUUCACAUAGGUCAAAGGCAGUCCUGGGGACUGGGGUGAUUCUUACAGCAAUGGCUUCUGUCUACUCCUAGCCUACAAAACGGGAUAGCAAUAUGAACAUAAACAGCCUAUUUAGUUUUAAAUGUGAUAGUGUUUAGGUAUGAAAACAGAAACUCAGCCAAGAAAUCAACUGUCCUCCCACUUCAAAAAGGCAGACAUGAAACCAAAAUUAAAUAGCAUCAGUUUGUGUUCUGUUCCCCAAGCAAAACUGUUUCUGGUGCCGCCUCUCCUUCAGUCCCUUCCACUCACCUCCAGCCUUCCAGAGUGAUGCUGGCAGAAGAGGGGAGGGGAGGGGUGUUCCCGCUGGUGCAGUUCACACUGCACCGGUUUAAAAAACGCUUUUAAAAGCGGCGCCUUCGCGCUGCUUGGGGAGAACCAGGAUGUGGGGCAUGACAGUUUGGGUUCAGCCCUGUUUUUCCCUCAGAUAUGUAUAUAUUUUAAUUUGAUUUAUCACUGGAAGGUAUUGUUAGCUCUGAAAUAGAGAGAACAUAAUGAACUGUAACUGAUUUCCACAUUCUGAAAUGUCCACGGCUCAUUCCGCACAUGCAGAAUAAUGCACUUUCAAACUGCUUUCAGUGCUCUUUGAAGCUGUGCGGAAUAGCAAAAUCCACUUGCAAACAGUUGUGAAAGUGAUUUGAAAAUGCAUUAUUUUGCGGGUGCGGAAGGGACCCACAUCUAAUUCUGUAACUGGAUUAAAAAAAUCAAGGUGGGAAUAAUUGCAAACAAGUUAACAUUUGCAGAUCUGUAUUUUUAAAAAAUACUGGAGUAGAAACAGGAAAAUAGAUUCUGGGAUUCUAAUUGUAUGGGGCAACUGAAAGUGAAAGGACUAAGAUGAAUGGAAUGGAUGGGGGUUAUAUAGGGAGAGCCACCCUGACAGUGUUUGAAAUUAUGCCAAAAAUCUCUUCUGAUUUUUUAAAAGAAGUUCAUAAUAGAAAUGGUGUGUUUAACCUUGCAAUGAUAAGGAUUACUAGCAUGACUCCAAAACUUUACAAUUACAUUUUCAGAAUUUGAAAAAGCUAUCAGAUUUCAUAGCAGGAAAUAUGAUCUUGGUUGAAGGAGUGUCUAGAAUUCCAGUUUAUGAACAGUACUAACUGUACAGUACAGUUUCAAAUGUAUUUCAAAUGAUGGUCUCUAAAUCAUUUGUGAUGUUCAUUUAAAGGAGUUUCUGUUAAUCAGAUGUAUCUUGUCAAUUAAUAUUUUCAAGACAACUUCUCCAUUUUUCCUUCCCUGACAGUUUAGCGGAGAGUUCGCUUGUGUCUCAUACUUGCUUUGUUUUCUGUGCUAAAAGGAGGCAAUUUCAAGGACACCAACAAAUCCUGAUAGAGAAUUAUACAGUGAUAGUCUUUGCAUUAUGCCUGGAAUCCGAAUGACUAGCAUAGUUAAUUUUUUUGUUCCACAAAAAUUUGCAUGUAUUAUAUAAUAAAUGCUUUGAAUUUA